CGCCGCCAAAAGUCAAAACACCAAAAUCCGGCAAAACCAAAAUUCCUCUCGAUUCCGAUGGCGGAAGAAGAAGAUAGCCCGGCAGAAGGCUUCCAAUGCGGUUGCGGCGGCGACGCCUUCGCUGACAGCGGAUACUAUUUCUGCAGAGUCUGUAAUUCUCGGGUGGAAGGCAUCACUGAGACUGACGACGCCGACGAGGGCUUGGUCAAUAAAGAUGGAGGAGGUGGCGGCCUCUACAAUCAUCACUCCAAACGACGUCGGCCGUCCGCCAAGGAAGAGCCGCACGAGGCAACAAAGACGAAGGAACUCUCCUACGAGGAUUACUUCAACGAGGUGCGGUGUAGGUAUGUGAGUGGGAUACAGCGGAUGAUUCAGUUGCAGUGUGAGGCUUUAGUUGAGAAUUUCAACGCCAGCCCUUUGAUCUGUGGCGUGGCUUCUGCUGUUUGGUUGAGGUUUUUGGUUACCACUGAAGUCUUCCAAGAUACGUGGGCUGAUGAGACUCUGAUGAAGUCCGAGCCUCCAGAGCAAGGAGGAGAAUCUACUCGCCGUAAUGUUCAUCAUGACGAACCAUGUAACGCAAGUGGCCAGCGCGCUGUAAUGGUUUGGUUUAGGAGAUUGAGAGAAGUAAUACCACUGGAUCACACUUUGGCUAUAUCUUUUCUGGCUUGCCAUGUCGCAAGAGAGGCAAUCUUACCAACAGAUAUAGUGAAGUGGUCAGUGGAAGGGAAACUUCCUUAUUUCGGUGCUCAUGUUGAGAUCGUGAAGCGAUUCGCGCAACCCUCGCUCGCCUGUCCUAUUAGUCCAGCCCUGAUGUUUAGGCCUUCUCAGCCAAUUCCAGUCCAGAAGUUGGAAGCAAUGGCUGCCAGGAUUGCCAAGAGAAUAGGGUUGAAUCUGCCUCCCGUGAACUUCUAUGCAGUAGCAUCUCGCUAUCUCGAUCAAUUGUCUGUUCCCGGGGAAAAGAUUCUGCCACAUGCUUGCCGCAUCUAUGAGUGGUCUAUGCCUCCAGAUUUAUGGUUAUCGACGAAUGAGUUGAGGAUUCCCACUCGUGUCUGUGCGAUGGCUAUAUUGGUUGUAUCCAUACGAAUUCUCUACAACUUAAAUGGUUUUGGUGCAUGGGAAAGGAGCUUAUGCUUAUCGAAAGGUUCAAGUGAAAUUUUUGCCAAGAGUGAAGGUGUUCAGACAUCUGGUUUUGACUCCGAAGAACUCUUGCAAAACCUUGAGGCAGAGUACAAUGAGAUUGAAAAACCAUGUGAAUUUACAAAAGACUUGACAUCAUAUCUCCGGUACUGCAAGGACAUGGUAUUUGCAGGAGCUUGGUCAUCUUCCCACAGUGAUCAGUUGGAGAUAGAAGAACUGAAAGACAAGUUGUGGGAUUCUUAUCAGAAUGCAGAGGAAGACCUUGGAACGCAAGGCAACACAUUUAACCCGAAAAGAUCACGAAGUGAUGAUGCCAGUGAUGUCUCAACUCAGUCAGCUACUCGGUCAGCAACUAGGAAAUUCAGGGAGAUGGGUCAUGAGAGAGCACUGCAGGAUCGUAAGAAUGGCAAUCCUUCCAAAGAAGCUGCUGUCAGAAAACUGAAGUCCGACAUGGAGGACGAUCGGUUCUGCUACAUCCCACCAAGGGUUAAGGUUAAGGAAUCCGGUUACCUUCAGUACACGAGAAAACAGGAUGAGGGUGUUUUGAGAUACGUUGCACAUGCAGAUUACUACAUUUUGCUGCGUUCUUGUGCCAAAGUUGCAGGCGUUGACGUUAGGAUCAUGCACAUUGCGGUGUUGGGUUUGGAGAGAAGGUUGGCUUGGUUGGAGAAAAGGAUUGAUCAUUGCUUGCAUUCGACUCCUCCUAGUAUUAGCUGUGACUUCUGUAGGGGUGAUACAGCAAGCCACUAAUCGGAAAAAAAAAAAUGUAUGAAUUUUAGAUCACUAUUUGAUCUCCAUAUUUUUUUUUCUUCUCAAAAGUAGGAGUAACAAGAGAGUCAAAUAAAGGAGUCAAGUAAAGCGCGGGAGUCGACCAAUAGUCGAACUCCCGAUAAGAGGGCUUUAUGUUAUAUUUUUCUCCGAACGCUCUUCACACCAAUACAUCCAUACCAUAUAGCGAAAUGUUAUAUUUUUCUUUAUUCCUUCUCUUUGGUGACUAAUGAGUUGCUAAACAAAAAUGUAGAGCAUAAACCGCUUAUUUAUAGAAAACUAAUGAAUCGUUUCUUAAAAGUCCUAUUUUUGCUCAUCCUCGGGAUAAAAGAGAAACUACUUCAUCAGUGGGAAUCUACUGCACCAAAGGCUCACACCCUAUUUUACAUUAUCACAAACACUUAAAAACCCAUUCUACCCACUCAAUAACUUUGCUACACAAUUUCAAGAUCCAUAAUCAUUUCAAAUAUGAGCACAAUGGUGGAUUAAAGGAUUCAACACUUGCCUCCAGCUUUUAACUAAUAUAACAGAUCGGAGAACCACUACAACACACUGUAAUCCAGCCAAUAAACAAUCAACUCCUAUUGUUCUUGUAAGAAGUGAAAACAGAGGAGAAGGAAAAAAACAGGGGCACGAGCUGAGUUGUCGAGAAGUGUUUGUUUGUAUCAUAUCAUGCUCUCUGGUUAAUCGGAAUUGAACAGCAAAAAGGUUGGCUCUCACAAUAUGAAUGUGUUAUCUUUUCACCCAAGUCGCUUCUAUAAGUUCUAAGGGCACAAUCAUGUUGGCAUCAUCGAGUGUGCAAGUGCAAGUGCAACAUCUCAAUCUUUAAAAAGUAGAACUGGGAGAUUUGGGAUCAGAUGCAGAGUUGGAGAUUGCUCAUGGUGACGUCGAGAUAGUUGUAAGAGAGAGAGAGAGAGAUGGGCAAUGCGCAUGCUUUCCUCCAAGGCAACUAAGCCAUUUCCAACUUCACCCCACAAUCAUUUCAAUUAUGAUUCUCUGUUUUUUGUUCAACUACCGGAUGUUAAUCGGUUUACCAUGAGAUAAGCUCUCCUUACUUACAACUUACAAGUGAGAGAUAAGAUUAUUUUUUUUUUUAUUGUGGACUAACUGUUUUCUGAAAGACUAAAUGAUUUUUGAUAUAGUAUUAGAGUUUUUAUUGAGACGUCUUUUAUUUGAAUCUUCAUGAUUCCUCUCUAUUCAUAGUUGACUGAAACGUAAAGUAUGACAAACUUAUAUAAACUUCAAAUUUAUUGAGACGUCUCUUAUUUCUUAUCUCUAUUCAUGGUCACAUAAAUUUGACUAUGACAACACCAAGACUUAGAGCAAGGAGGCUAUAAGAAUUAAGCGUUCCAUUAUUGAAUCUAAACCUUGGAGAAGGGUGUUGAUAGUCCCAUAUCCAAUCCAUUUAAUCCAAAAUGCAAUUAAUUUGCGGAUUCAUGGAUUGUUGAAAAAUUAUAGUUUAGUACCUGCAUAUUUUAUAAUUUCAAUUUGAUAACUAAACUUCUAUUUUUUUGGGAAAAUUUUUCUUUGAAAAUGCAUUUUGGUAUCUAAAUUUUUUAUGAUAACAUUUUAAUACCUUAACUUUUUAAAAUUUUUAUUAUCAGUGCAACAUUAAGAUAUCAUUUGGAUCUAUAAAUCCAAUAAAUAAAUCUACUAAUACAUUUAUUUCAUAAAAUCCACCAAUACAAUUCAUUUCUCGCCUCUAUUAUUCUCACAGCCAUUUAAUUGGAUAUUUGUUGAUAUUAUCGGAGGAAAACAACAUUAUUGGUAAUGGAUUAACACUUCUUCCAUCUGCUGUGGGUGGGAUAUAAAAUGGAAUAAGUGAAUAACUAUGUAUUGUGAGUAAAUGGAGAUGAGAAAUGCAAAGUACAGAUUGGAGAGAUCAGAUCGACGUCCACGGUAAUUUUGUUGGUGACCGAUGCGUAGUGCUUACAUUGUUCUUCAAGCUAAUGAUUGGGCCAAUAAUUACAAUUAAUGAAU